UCCUGAUACCAAUACAGAUAUAUGUGGUUUUGAUACCAAAGUGAUCGCGAAUUUAAGCCUACUGGAGUCGAAUUCCCAAUGUUCCAUUUUGUUCAAGGAGCAGUAUUGCACAGAAGCCAAUCAAUCGAUUAGUCUACAAGCAUGCCUCAGUGCACCUUGUUUAAAUGGAGGUACCUGCUCAUUAGUCGACAUAAAUACUUUCAUGUGUGCUUGUCCGGCUGGUUUCACCGGAUCAUCCUGCGAAAUCAACGUUGCAACACGUGGAAUUUCACAUCGUACAACUACUGAGGAACCAUUAACUACAUCUUGGCCAGAUAUCAUAGUGUCCUCAGCUGUAGCGUCGACUUUAAAGUCAGUCAAGACGUCAGCAGCUGUAGACAUUGUCAACCAGACAAGAGGAAUACUAACUACAACUGAGACGACUGAGCAAGCAUUAUCCACUCAUGGCCAAGAUACCGAAUUGUCUUCAAUUUCAAUGUCGACAAUAGAAUCUACAGUGGUGUCAACUGAAAUACAAGAUAUUAAUGAGAAGACGAAUGCCAUCACUUCAGCUCCAGAUAACACAACUUCGGAAGACAUUUCCCGUAUAUGCCAACGCAUUCAACCCAUGUCAUGUCAUUACAAUCAAUGUCCGACUGGGCAGGAUGGAAGAAUCGAAUGUAAAAUACAUAGCAACUCAACAUUCAAUUGCACAUGUAGACCUGGAUACAUCGGUGUCAACUGCUCUUGCGAAAUUGACGAAUGUGGGAGCAGCCCCUGCGGGGAAGGACAGAUCUGUAUUGACACAGAGAAUGCCUACUUCUGCGUUCCUACAGCCACUUCCGGUACAGCCAACAAAUCAUCAACAUCUGCUUCCAGUACAACAAAACACUCAACUCCCACAUCUACUGCUUCUGGUACAGCCCCUUCUACGUCAUCCUCCACAUCUGCUUCUACCAGUACAGCCAUUCAGUCAUCUUCUCCAUCAGCUGCUGAUCGUACAGACGCACCUUAUACCCACUCUCCAAAUGCAGACUCCGCACCAGGGGUAAUGAGAGAUAUAUUGAUCGCCCUCGGAGUCAUCCUGUUUGCAGCCUGCAUCCCACUGGCUCUUGUUCUUCGUAGGUACUACAAAGCAAAGAACAAGUUACGAGCAUCAAGACGCGCUUACCAAACUGAACACGAGCUCGUGGAGAGAAUGUCUUCGUCGCAUUUUACGAACCCAGCUUCCAGAUCUGAGAAGGGAGUACCUGUGAAACUCCACGGUGGAGGAACUGCCCCUCCCCCUAUCAGCCCGCGUCCUAUCAUAUCAUUGCCUGCAGGAACUGGACCCGAAAACGAUAUCUAUGCAGAAUAUGUCUAUAUAGAUGGUCCUAGAGCAAACCGCCCAUCCUUCGGGAAUCGUUCUGCUGCUGGCAAGGGACCAACCGGAAGUUCCGAUUACGGAGAAUACAUUUACGUUGUAGAUGCAUUCGGCAAUGGCGGAAAUGGAAUCGGCGGUGGUCCUCCUGUACCGAAGGCAGUUGGUCCGCUUCCAUCUGCCCCACCACCAACCGCAGGGGAAUACAUCUACUUUGACCAAUCCUUGUCCGCUGGUGUUACAGCGAACCCUGGUCAGUUCGUGGAAGAACCAACGAAGCCUGUGCCACCCGUAGCAAGCGUCCGACCGCUUCCUCUCGAGCCACCGUCAUUGGAUCUUGAUACCAUAGGCAAGGGGAAUGAAAACGUGUAUGAAGAAUUACCGGAAGGUGGCCAAGGUGAUCUGUCAGAGCCAAAGUUGGUUGAUGACACUGACAUCGAACUCGACAAUGACUUGUACUUAAAACCUCAAAACACUGUUAAUUAAUUUACAGCUUAUCCUGAAUAUUUAAAUUUGGAAAUUUCUUCUUUUACCAGAUUUUAAUAUUAAACGAUCCACCCGAUUAGGAAAUCUAAACAUUCUUCGUUUUCCAGAAGCACAUACAAAUGUAAUUUAUUACAUUUGAAUGGACGGUCCUUCCUUGAUAUGUGAAAUCUUAAUGCUCUUCGUUAUAAUUACUUACUAGAAACACAUACAAAUGUAAUUUAUUAUAUUUCAAUUGACGGCCCAUCCUGAUAAUAGGGCAUAAUGGUUUUCGUCAUAAUUGCUUACUAGAAACACGUAGAAACAAAUUAAAUGUAAAUUCUGAUCUGUCCUAGACAAUACAAAAUCUGAAUUCUCUUGACUAGAUAUACAUACAAACUUGUGACUAAAGCCCAUCCUCGUUAAUAAGAAACAUAAAUCUUCUUCGCUAUAAUUACAUACUAGAUGUACAAGUACACACAAAUGUAAUUUAAUUUGACAUGACAUGUUUGAUGGAAUGUACGGCCGCUCCAAGGUACUAGGAA